UUCAACUACAACUAUUACAUUACAUUCAUCAAAUAAGUGAAAAUUUCAUUCAUCCAAAAGAAGAAUGAAUCUUUCAAUUGAUGAUGAUGAAAUCUUCUCUUUACCUAGCCUCGAUGAACUUGAAUCUAUCACACAUCUUCUUUAUGAUGAUGAUUCCGAUUUUUUCGAAACUCUUUCACCAAUGAGUUUAGAUAGCACAACAUUAUUACCUAAUAAUCCUACCUCAAAUUCACCUGAAUCCCCCAUAAGACCGGAGCCUCCGGAGGAAACAAAGGAAACAUCUGUGGCGCGCGAACGCGAAGAAAGCGCGCCACAAGAUUGGAGGCGGUUCAUAGGAGUGAGGCGAAGGCAGUGGGGCACGUUUUCAGCCGAAAUAAGAGAUCCAAAUAGGAGAGGAGCGAGGCUGUGGCUCGGAACUUAUGAGUCUCCGCAAGAUGCAGCAUUGGCUUAUGACCAAGCCGCUUACAAGAUUCGGGGUACCAAAGCUCGGCUCAAUUUUCCUGACUUAAUUGGCUCGGACGUGCCUAUGCCACCUAGAGUAACGGCUAGGCGUCGUACCCGCUCACGCUCGCGCUCACCCGAGCCAUCAACAACUUCUUCGUCCUCAUCUUCGUCCUCGUCCUCGUCCUCGUCCUUGGAAAAUGGGACGAAAAAAAGGAAAAUAGAUUUGAUAAACUCAAUAGCCAAAGCCAAGCUACUCUGUCGUGUGAAUUUACAAAUGUUGAUACAAAUGGGGGAGCCACAAGCGUCCUAGAGGUUCAUCCGAAUUUCUCUUUAUAAUAAGGUUAUAUAUAGAAGGAUGUUGAUUCUUUUUGAUUUUUUUCGUGUGUUUUAAUAUUUUUAAUAAAAAUUCUGGCUCCUUCGUCAAUUUUAUAUAUUAUAAUGAAUUCAGAUCUACUAUUUAUCGAA